AUGUCGUAUAAAUUGUCUUCUCUUAUAACUUGUCGUUUCCUGUCCCAACUUCGUCACACGAAUACCAAGUUAACAUCUACCAGACGAUGGGGUAAACCGGAACAAAGUGGACAGUUUGUACAUGUCGACUUUUCCCUAUCUAUCUAUCUAUCUAUCUAUCUAUCUAUCUAUCUAUCUAUCUAUAUCAGCUUGACAUCUAUCUAUCUAUCUAUCUAUCUAUCUAUCUAUCUAUCUAUCUAUCUAUCUCAGCUUGACAUCUAUCUAUCUAUCUAUCUAUCUAUCUAUCUAUCAAGUUUGACAUCUAUCUAUCUAUCUAUCUAUCUAUCUCCAUUUGACAUCUAUCUAUCUAUCUAUCUUGAUAUCUAUCUAUCUAUCUAUCUAUCUAUCUAUCUCAGUUUGACAUCUAUCUAUCUAUCUAUCUAUCUAUUGACAUCUAUCUAUCUAUCUCAUCUAUCUAUCUAUCUAUCUAUCUAUCUCAGUUUGACAUCUAUCUAUCUAUCUAUCUAUCUAUCUAUCUAUCUAUUUGAUCUAUCACAUACUUUCGACACCUAUCUAUCCAUCUAUCUAUCUAUAUAUCAGUUUGACAGCUAUGUAUGUAUGUAUUUCUAUUUCAGUUCGAUAUCUAUCUAUCUAUCUAUCUAUCUAUCUAUCUAUUGGUCAAUCCCACAAGCUCUUUAUACUCGUAAUGAUUUUUGUCCAUCUGUUUAUCUUCCCCAUUAUUUACCGUUCCCAGUUGAUUUCACUCGCCCCCUGAGCCAUCUUCUUUUACCUCUCGAUCAUUUAUCGCUCUGUGCCGAUCUCACAUUUUCCUCCUACACUGGCUGA